AUGGCAUCAUCUUUCUUCUCUGAUUUUGGCCUUAUGUGGUAUCUGGACGAGCUCAAAAAGGAGGAGUUCAGAAGAUUUAAGGAGCUCCUUAGGCAAGAGCCUUUGCAACUUGGACUGGAGCGAAUUCCCUGGGCUGAAGUAAAGAGAGCAACUCGGGAAGAUCUUGCAAACCUACUGAUCAAGCAUUAUCAGGAACAGCAAGCAUGGGAUGUGACCUACAGGAUCUUUCACAAGAUUGGUAGAAAGGAUCUCCAUAUAAAGGCCAAAAGGGAAAGUACUGGGUAUAUAAGGAUGUAUCAAGCUCAUGUAAAGAAGAAAUUCAGCAAUAUAUGGUCGAGAGAAUCCCUCACUAGGAUUCAUGAUUACUUUGAGCAGGAAGUAGUCAUACAGAAGAAACGUGAACGUAUGGAACUCCUUUUUGAGCCUAAGGCAACUGGAGAAGAGCCAUCACGUACUGUGGUCCUUGUGGGAACCCCAAAAAUUGGGAAGACGACGUUCCUGGUCAAGCUAAUGUUGGCCUGGGCAGAGGGUAUCUUUUAUCAGGAUAGGUUCUUGUACAUUUUCUACUUUUGCUGCUGGGAGGUGAAGCGGUUGGCGCUGACAAGCUUGGCUGAGUUGAUUUCUGGAGACUGGCCCAACCCCCCUGUGCCAAUAGCAGAGAUCCUGUCCCAGCCAGAGAGACUGUUGUUCAUCAUCGACAGCUUUGAGGAGCUGACGUGUGCCUUGAAAGAACCGGAGUCAGACCUGUGCAGUGACUGGUUGCAGCAGCAGCCAGGAGAAGUGGUCCUGGGCAGUUUGCUGAGGAAGAAGAUGCUCCCAGAGGCCUCACUGCUCAUUGCCACUACACCCAACUACCAGCAGGAACUCGAGGCUCAGCUGGAGCACCCAGAAAUUAAAACGAUCAUGGGACUUAAUGAAAGCGACAGGAAGCUGUACUUCUCCUGUGUCUUUCAAGACAAGAAGCAAGCCAUGGAGGCCUUCAGUUUUGUAAGAGAAAAUGAACAGCUCUUUCACAUGUGCCAAAUCCCCAUCCUUUGCUGGGUUGUGUGCACCUGUCUGAAGCAGGAGAUGGAGAGGGGCAGAGACCUGGCACUUGCCUGCCACCGUACCACUUCUCUGUUUGCCUCUUUCAUCUUUAACAUGUUCACACCCAAGGGUGCCACACGUCCACAUGAGCAGAUCCAUGUCCAGUUGAAGGGUCUGUGCUCCCUGGCUGUGGAGGGCAUGUGGACGGACACAUUCCAGUUCAGUGAAGAGGACUUCAGGAGAAAUGGGUUAGUUGAAAGUGAUAUCCCUGCAUUGCUGGACAUGAAGCUUCUUCAGAAGUGCAGGGGGUAUGAGAACUCGUACACAUUCAUCCAUGUGUGCAUCCAGGAGUUCUGUGCCGCCAUGUUUUAUUUGCUAAAGAGCUCCGGCAAUCACCCCAAUCCAGCCGUUGGAUGCUCAAAGGCGCUGCUAUUGACCUACCUAAAGAGAGAAAACGUGCAUUGGAUUUUGGGGGGGUGUUUUGUGUUUGGUCUUUUAAAUGCAGAGGAAGAAAAAAGGCUGGAUGCUUUCUUUGACUUACAACUGUCCCUGGAGGUAAAGCAGCAAUUCCACCAGUGCCUGAAGAGUUUAGGUGAGUGUGAACAUCUGGAGGGAGAGGUGGAUUUCUUGUUAUUUUACUGUCUGUUUGAGAUGCAGGAUAAAGUCUUUGUGACGAAGGCAUUGGACUGCUUUCAAGAAGUUCACUUCUCUGUCACUGACAAUGUAGACUUGAUGGUUUCUGCCUACUGCCUAAAACACUGUUCUGGCUUGAGGAAAAUUUCUUUUUCCGUCCGAAACGUCUUCAAGGAGGAGAAUGGAGACAGCUCUACGUCAAGUUACAAUCUCGUCCGUUGGCAUUACAUUUGUUCUGUGCUCACCACAAAUGUACACCUCAGAGAACUACAAGUACACAACAGUGUCCUCGAUGAAUCAGCCUUUGGGGCUUUGUGUAAAGAGCUGAGGCAUCCAAAUUGUCACCUUCAAAAGCUUGAGAUAAAUAAUGUUUCCUUCUCUGGUGAGAGCUGGCUUUUCUUUGAGGUGUUCAUUCAUAACCCAUACUUGAAAUGCUUGGAUCUCAGCAGUACAAGACUCUACCGUAAUGAUGUGAGGUUGCUCUGUGAGGCUUUGAACUAUCCACUGUGCAACAUAGAAGAUCUCACGCUGGCAAAUUGCCUCCUCUCAGCAGGUGAUUGUGAAGCCUUCGCCUCAGUUCUAAAAAGCAACAAGAAGCUGAAGUACCUUAAUGUAGCACACAAUUACCUGGACCAAGGAGUGAGCCUGCUGUGUGAUGCUCUGUGCCACCUAGACUGCGUGCUGGAGGCCUUGGUGUUAGUUUACUGUUACCUCAGUGAACCAUGCUGGGAUAGCCUCUGUGAAGUUCUUGUGUGUAACAGAAGCCUGAUCCACCUAGAUCUUGGUGGUAAUGUCCUGAAGGAUGAUGACUUGGAACUCCUCUGUGCGGCCUUGAAACACCCAAACUGCUGCCUACAGUCGCUGUGUUUGGUAAAAGUUUCCAUCACUGAUGAGGGCUGUCGAGACAUUGCCUCAGUCCUCACCAGCAAUCCAAACCUGAGAAAUCUGGAUAUUGGGAACAAUGACAUACAAGAUGAGGGUGUGAAGCUGUUGUGUGAAGCUCUGACCCAUCCCAACUGUCACUUAGAGAAUCUUGGACUGGAUUCAUGUCAGCUGACUAGUGCCUGCUGUGAGGACCUUGCCUCUGCUCUUACCCAAAGUAAAACUCUGAGGAGGCUAAGCCUGACUGGCAACACCUUGGACCACGACGGGGUGGUGGUGCUGUGUGAGGGCUUAAGACACACUGAGUGCGCCCUGAGGAUGCUUAGGCUGCAAAAAGCCAAAUUUGGUGAGGAAACCCAGAGACUUCUGAUGGCUGAGGACGAGAGAAACCCCUCUUUGACAAUCAUCAUAGAUAACUACUGA